CGCACUGAUAAUUGUGGAAAUUACGGGCAGACCACCCGAAUUGAUUAAAAUACCACAUAGUUUGGUUUGGGGUAUUCUCAAAUCCGGCGAAAACCAGGGCUGCAUUAAGAUUAACGACAUCUUCACCCAAAAUUAACUAUGCGCUCAUCCAUGUCCAAAUGAAGUGCUCGGCCACACAUUGUGGCUCCAAACGCACAUUCCACAUCCAUUAGGACCUACCUUAGUGGAAGAGCUAUUACGACUGUCUAUCCACCAAACUUUUAAAGUCCGUAUAUGUCAACCUAAAAAAGGAGAAAGGAAACUUAAAAUGUUAAGAAUUGUUUUAUAAUCAGUUAUUUUCUCACUUUUGUUAAAGUCCGAUUUUCGAAGUAAUGGUUAUAUCGUUUCUGCUUUUGAUAUUUUCGUUACUCGAAGAGUGUAAGCUACAUUGAAUUAUAUGAAAAGUAGGCAAAAGUUAGGAUAUGCAAUAGUUCGGGCACUCGACCAAAGCGUUCCCAUGAUUUCAAUUUUCUGUUUUUAAUAUUUCGUAAUAGGACAUAAAAGUAUACUUUUCCUUUUUGUUGUUAAUUCCAAUUUAAACUGCAGAAAUUUAAACAUUAAUUGGGCUUAAAUAAACCAGUGGAGUGUAUAUGUUAAUAAAUUAUCUGAGUGCUAUUGAUCCCCUUUCAAACAUAAUUACCAAUGAUUUAAAGUAUACAUACCGCGUUUCUAGAAUUGUUUUCAAAUUGUUAAUUUAUAGGUAUAUUUGGUCAUACCAAUUUUUUAAAGCUUAAAUGAAUGCAAAGAACGCGGGGUAUACAAAACCCGAUUAGAGAUCUCGACCCGGAAUUGUCAUUUUGGAUUUACCAGCUUGUAGGAUAGCCUGUAGGGACAAUUACACCUAAACCCUAACUUUCGGAAAAUGUCGUCUCCGUGUGGCAAGUGCAACAACUGUCCAUGCGGCACCAACGGCGGAGCCCCGCCCCCCCAGCAACCGCCCCACCGGCCACCCCCCUCCUACGCCCACCAGCCACAGCAGCAGCCGGACAGCUGUCCCUAUCCGGGUCCGCGGGGCCAGGGAGCAGGCGGUUGCCAGGUCAACUCGACGCAGCCGCCGGCCGAUCCAGCAGCAUGCAGCCUCUACCAGAGCCGGGGAGCACCCACCGUGGAGUGCACGUGCACUCAGAACCGCAGCCGGCCACCUCCGCCAUCCGUUCAGGCGGACCACAUCACGUGCAGUCGGGGUCCGCGGGAGCAGCCGCCUGCCCUGGAGACCCGCUGCACCUGUCGCGAGAAGCCCGUCAAGACGGAGUGCCACUGCGCACCGCCGGUGGCCCCGCCUCCCAACCAACAGCAGCAGCAGGCGAUGGCCCAGCCCACCUACGCCAACGUGACAUGUGGCCAGAACGUGCCCAGAGGACCGCAGCCCUAUCGCCCGCACCAAGGCAACCAGAGCCAGAACCCGAGCUCCUGCGGCCACUGCCGAUCGCAGAAGAAGCAGAAGAAGUGCGUCAUUCAGUGAUCUGGAUGACGUGCCA